AGCUCCUGGACACCUGAAUGAUAAUCUGCUCAUUGUUUCCCUCGUCCAGCCCUCCUCGUCCCUCACGCCCUUUGUCCAUAACGGAGUCCAUUCCUCGUGAAAUCCACCAACGCCGAUCAGCUACCCCGGAUCAGAAUACCGUCACUCGAAAAUUCAUUGCCAGCCAGUAGUUUCCUGGACGCUUAGCCAUGCCCGGUCGUAUCCUGGGGUUCGACUUUCCAUCACCUCUUCUUAGACCCGUCCCUGAAAAGAAACGCAGCGCAUCCUCAGUACGAUCAGACGACUCUCGUCCCGACAGCAUGGAGCACCUCAGACGCCCUCACUUUGGCAAGAGCCACUCACACGACAAGAAGGACAAGGAUGGCAGACGCGAGUCGAGUCUCAGUCGCCAGGCUGCAAGACACAUCAAGCUUGACAUGGUCGUAGAGUCUCCCCCAGUCUUGUUCCUGGAUAGCCCCCAACAUUCCUCGGGUUCUCUCUUUUCUGGUCGUAUGCAACUUGUCGUGACUGGCGCAGCACCCGCCGCCAUCAAGUCGUUCAACCUCAUCUUCCGAGCAAUCACCUCGACCAAGCGACCAGUGGGAGACCACUGCAAAGACUGCGCUUCAAAGACAACAGACCUCAAGGAGUGGAACUUUUUGGACAACAAUGCCGAAUUGUCAACCGGCAACCACGAUUUCCCCUUCAGCUACCUUAUCCCUGGCCACCUGCCAACCACAGCCCACGGACACAUUGGCAGCAUUGACUACAAGCUGUUCGCCCGCGCUGAGACUGUCAACGGCGAAGUCGCAGAGUACAUCCGCCCUGUCGUCAUCAACCGUGCCAUUCGUCCUGGCAACGACAAGAACUCGGUCAGAAUCUUCCCUCCUACCAACUUGACUCUCAACGUCACUCUGCCCUCGGUCAUCCACCCAAUUGGCGACUUCCCCGUGUAUGCUCGUAUGUCCGGCAUUACCACCAAGAAAGAGGACACACAAAUCAGAUGGCGCCUCAGGAAGUUGACGUGGCGUAUUGAAGAGCAAGAGAAAUUUGUCUCGCCAGCAUGCCCAAAGCACAUGGCCAAGGUUGGCGGUGAGGGCAGAGGCAUCCAGCACGAGCACACGAGGGAUAUUGGCAGCGAUGAUCUCAAGUCUGGCUGGAAGACCGACUUCGCAGACGGUCAGCUCGAAGGUGAAUUCACCGCUUCCAUCGACAGUGGCCUGAAGCCUCAAUGCGACGUUGACAGCCCUUCUGGCCUCAAGAUCAACCACGUCAUGGUUUUGGAGCUUGUCAUUGCCGAAGAAUGGGCCCCCAACAAGAAGCCCAACCAAGCCACUCCUACAGGCGCUGCUAGAGUUUUGCGCACCCAAUUCAACAUCAACGUUACCGAACGUAGUGGUAUGGGCAUCGCCUGGGAAGACGAACAACCCCCUCUCUACGAAGACAUCCCGGCCAGCCCCCCUAGCUACCGUAUCGAGAUUAACGACUACGAUGGAUCAGAACUCAACGAGGAUGUCGACCAACUCCGUCUCUCAUGAGCACUUUUCGCUUCUUCUAUUCUUGCACGACGGAACGGCGUUCUCUUUUCUUUCUCUCUUAUUCUUCUGCACACUAUACCCAAUUGCACGAGUUUAUGGUCAAAGCUUUAUUUAGCAAGCAAAUCUGGCGUUUUCGGAAAAACUUGUCGAGCGAGGUUUGGGAUAAACCAGGAUUACAGCAAGGCGUUUUAUGGGUCAAUCAACUAGAUUUCGGACAUUUUCACAUUCAUUGCUUCAACAGCGCAAUGACAAUCAAAAGCACUUUCACUCCUCA